UUAUAGUCUUGCAAGAUGUCGGCUACAGAACAGAUGGCGCAAAUGCUAAACGAACUAAUGGGUGUAAAACGAAAUGCGGAUAUUGGUGAUACGGAUGAGCCAGAUUUCGAUGAACCUGAUGUGUGCAAGAAUUUCUUAGUUGCAUUCUGUCCAAAUGAAAUGUUCAGGAAUACGAAAGCUGAUCUUGGUUUUUGUCCAAAGAUCCAUGAUCCAGCUUUACGACUGAAAUAUCGUGAAAGUAGUCGUUUCGAAAAAUUAGGAUAUGAGGAAGAGUUUUUGAAUAAAAUUCGUCGUCUGGACGAUGAAGUGCGUCGAAAAAUUGAGAAGAACGAACGCCGUCUUGCUAUGACGCAACCUGUCAUUAAAGAUGCUUCAAAAGAAGGCAAUGAAGGUGAAACAGAUGCACAACGCAGGCAAAAAGAGCUUAUUGCUGAGCAACAGUCCAAUCUAUCUGCCAAAAUCAACGAUUGUAUGGAAAAAGCCGAAGCCUUGGGGGCACUGGGUAAAGUGGAUGAAGCGAAAGAGCAAGUACGACAAGCGGACAAAUUCAAACAAGAGCGUGCGGCUUUGGAUCGUUUGCUGGCGCAAUCGGCGAAUCCUACAAGUCAUAUUGAGGAUCUCGCCAAUCAACUUUCAAAACCGAUGGAAGUUUGCCAGGUUUGUGGAUGUUUCAUGCUUGUGAAUGAUGUGCAACAAAGAAUAGAUGACCAUUAUGCCGGUAAACAGCAUAUGGCCUAUGCGAGAAUUCGGGCGACAAUUGAAGAAAUGGAUCGAAAACGGGAAGAAAAACGAAAGGGAAAGAUAGAGCGUGAAGACAAGGAAAGGAAAGAUCGUGAAAGGAAAGAACGCGAUGACAGAGAACGACGGAACGAAAGAGAUCGAGAAAGAGAGAGGGAUCGUGACAGGGAGAGAGAUAGAGAUAAGGAUCGAGAUAGAAGACGGGAUGAAAGAGACCGUGGACAUCGACAUCGUUCGCCACGCUCACGGCGAGAUGAUGAUCGACGAUAUGACCGUCAUUCGGAUAGACAUCGAGAUAGAAGAGACGACCGGGACCGGCACAGACGAUGAAAAUGGACGCGUGUAGAGGGAUGCAUUUGAGUUGGACAAGAAGGAUAAAACAGUGGUACAUUGCCAUCACUUCUCUUUGAUAUUUGAAAUGCUUAUUUUGUUUUCUUGCAGACAUAUUAUAGUUGUGCAUUAGUUUUACAGUUGCUGUAACAAGAUUGUUGAUGUCGAACCGAAUGUUUUGUUUGUCCUUGCCUGAUUUAAAAGAUCGUUUCUUAUACUUCCGUAUUCUUGUCCAUUCAUCGGAGCUGUUGAAUAUAUUGUUAUUUUUUUCUUCCAACAAAUUGGAAAUAUUUUUCGUGAUCUAUAACAAAAUGUUAAUUCGUAUCAUUUUUCUUCUGUACAUCUGAAUGAGA